AUGAUGAGAUUAGCCUUCUUCAUGAUAAGAAAAGGAAUCACCAAGAAGAAAUUACUCCUACACAUCAACAUGAUGAUGAAACGAGGUAAGAUAGCUAGUAAAGUCGCCCUCAACACCCUAAUCUUCCACCACUACCACCACAACAACCCCACCGUCGUCUCCUCCUUUAAGGACGGCGUUCCUAAACCCUCCCACCUCCAAUCCUCCACCACCACCGACGCCGCCGCACCUCUAGGGGAGUUCGACGACGAGUUCAUCUGCCCUACCACGCCGUUCUACACGCCGUUAUCGGCUUUCGGAGGCACGGUACGUACGGAUAGUUUUGAAGCUAGUAACAAAAAACAGAUGAUGGUUAGGAUUUCAUCAUCUAGCAAAGGUGGUGGCGGCGGCGGCGGCGUCCGGCAGCUGAGGAUAACCGAUUCGCCGUUUCCGUUACAAAGUGAGGAAGAUCGUGACCCUCGUGUGGAUCAAGCGGCUGAGGCGUUCAUUAAGAGGUUCUACUCUCAGCUUAAGAAACAAAGUUGCGAGUAA